CACACACACACAGUUUGAUUAUGCUAAUGAGCUUGAUUGUGAUUGGUCAGGGAUCUGUACGCUCAGUUUUUGCGAGAGAUGAUCAUUCAGCCGGGAAUCGCUAAGGCAAACCUGGGUGUGUCUCGAGAGGACGUGACUCUGGAGGAUCACCCUCUGAAUCCGAACCCGGACAGUCGGUGGAACACCUACUUCAAAGACAACGAAGUUCUGCUGCAGAUCGAUAAAGAUGUCAGACGGCUGUACCCAGACAUGGCGUUCUUCCAGCGGCCCACAGACUUCCCCUGCCAGCUCAUCCUGGACCCCGAGAACGAGUACGAGACGUUACGGAGACGUGUGGAGCAGACGACUCUCAAGGCCCAGACAGUGAACCGGAACCGCAGCGGCGUCACUAACGUGAGUUCUCCGGGGAAGGCGUUAAACCUGUAUCCCUCUAACGAGUACGAGGUGUUACCGAACGGCUGUGAAGCGCACUGGGAAGUGGUGGAGCGGAUUCUCUUCAUCUACGCCAAACUCAACCCGGGCAUCGCUUACGUUCAGGGCAUGAAUGAGAUCGUGGGUCCCAUUUACUACACCUUCGCCACAGACCCCAGCAGCCAGUGGAAGGAGCACGCGGAGGCCGACACGUUCUUCUGCUUCACCAGCCUGAUGUCCGAGAACAGAGAUAACUUCAUCAAAAGCCUGGACGACUCUCAGUGCGGCAUCACCUUCAAGAUGGAGAGCGUCUUCUCCAAACUCAAGGAGAAGGACACGGAGCUGUACCUGAAGCUGCAAGAGCAGAACAUCAAGCCGCAGUACUUCACCUUCCGCUGGCUGACGCUGCUGCUCUCUCAGGAGUUCCUGCUUCCAGACGUCAUCCGGAUCUGGGAUUCGCUCUUCUCGGAUCAGGAGCGGUUCGAGUUCCUCAUCCCUGUGUGCUGCGCCAUGCUCACACUGAUUCGAGAUCAGUUACUGGCUGGAGACUUUACAAUUAACAUGAGAUUACUGCAGGAUUAUCCCAUCUCUGACGUUCACGCCAUCCUCAUUAAAGCGAAAGAACUGCAGGACGGGUUGUAGCAGCCAUGCCCCAAUAGGCUCCGCCUCCAGUCUGAUGAUUGACAGCAGUGCCGCCCAUCUCACCCGGGUGGGAUCCAGCAUUUGCCUUUGUGUGAUUGAGCGUUUGGUCUUACCGUCUCUCAGGUAGACAUGAGUGUGUGUGAGUGUGUGUUUGUGAGACAGUGUGUGUGUGUGUGUGUGUGUUUGUGAGACA